AUGUCUAAUCAACCUGCAACUGAAGACAAUCAUGAUGAACAAAAAAGCAAAAAACCAGCUGAUACUGCUUUUAAACAACAACGUUUACCUGCAUGGCAACCAAUAAUAACUGCAGAUACAGCUCUACCAGUUUUCUUAAUAAUUGGUUUACUAUUCAUUCCAAUUGGUAUUGUACUUGUUGUAACAUCGGAACGAGUACUGGAAUAUGAUCUUGAUUAUACAGAUACAAAUUGUAUAAGUUCAACUGGAGGAAAUGUAACAUGUGCUGAUGUUUUACGUAGUAAUAAUUUUACUGGUGCCUCAUGUAAUUGUACUAAAACUAUUACAUUAGAACAAUCAUAUACGGGUGAAGUUUAUUUUUAUUAUGGUUUAAUUAAUUAUUAUCAAAAUCAUCGUCGUUAUGUUAAAUCUCGUGAUGAUAAUCAAUUACUUGGUAAAGCACCUCCAGUCUCUGCAGAUUGUCAACCAUUUCAAACAUCAGCAAAUGGUACCGCUUAUACACCAUGUGGAGCUAUUGCUAAUUCGAAAUUUAAUGAUACAUUAACUUUAUCAUUCAAUGGAACUUCAGUCCCGUUGACAAAUAUUGGUAUUGCAUGGACAACUGAUAAAGCUGUUAAAUUUCAAAAUCCAGCUAAUCCAACUACUUAUUUUACAAAUGCUUCUCGACCACCAAAUUGGCAAAAAACACCUUGGGAUUUAGAUACAAGUAAUAAUAAUACAAAUAAUGGUUAUCAAAAUGAAGAUUUUAUUGUAUGGAUGCGUACAGCUGCAAUGCCAACAUUUAGAAAACUCUAUAGAAAAUUAAAUUUAACUAAUGCAGGAACAUUUCAAAAUGGUUUACCAGCAGGAAAUUAUGUUUUAACAGUUCAAUAUAAUUAUCCAGUAACAAGUUUUUCUGGAAGAAAACAAUUUAUUAUAAGUACAACAUCAUGGAUGGGAGGAAAAAAUCCAUUUCUCGGUUGGGCUUAUAUUGCUGUUGGAAUUAUUUGUAUGAUUGCAUUUGUGAUCUUUUUUGCUCUUCAUAAAACAUGGAAAAUACAAAAUCGACCUCCAACAUAA